CCUAACCUACAGAUAGAUCAUCAUUUCUCUAGAGAUCUCACCCUCUCUCUCUCUCUCUCUCUCUCUCCCUCCGAUCCUCACUCCUCUUUUCACUUUCAAAACCAUGCCCGCCCCCAAGCUACCUCUCCUUCUCAUUCUCUCUCUCAUCCUCUUCCCCAUUUCCUCUCUCUCUUCUCCGACCAAUACAAGCACCAACACCACCGCCGGGACGCAGCAUUUUAGAGAAGCUCCGCAGUUCUACAACUCCCCCGAUUGCCCUUCCAUAACCACCGUCCACGACGACGACUUCGAUUCCGAUGAAGACGACGACAACAACCACCACCACUUCAUGAUAUGUUCCCGCCAAGCCGUCCACGUGGCAAUGACCCUAGACACAGCCUACAUCCGCGGCUCCAUGGCAGCCAUCCUCUCCGUCGUCCAACACUCCUCCUGCCCUCAAAACGUCGCCUUCCACUUUGUCACUUCGGCCGCAGCCAACGCGUCCCACCUACGCGCCACCAUCGCUUCCUCUUUCCCUUACCUCACCUUCCAAAUCUACCCCUUUGACGACUCCCACGUCUCGGGGCUCAUCUCCACCUCCAUUCGCUCCGCCCUCGACUGCCCUCUCAACUACGCCCGUAGCUACCUCGCCAACCUCCUCCCCCUCUGCGUACGACGCGUCGUUUACCUCGACUCCGAUCUCAUUCUAGUCGACGACAUUGCCAAGCUUGCUGACACUCCCCUCGGCGACGAAACCACCGUCCUCGCCGCGCCGGAGUACUGCAAAGCAAACUUCACUUCAUAUUUCACUUCUACAUUCUGGUCCAACCCUUCUCUCUCCUUGACAUUCGCCGACCGGAAAGCGUGUUAUUUCAACACCGGCGUGAUGGUGAUCGAUCUCGACAGGUGGAGAGACGGCGACUACACGGCGAAGAUAGAAGAGUGGAUGCAAUUGCAGAAGAGAAUGAGAAUCUACGAGCUCGGUUCUUUGCCGCCAUUUCUUCUAGUUUUUGCCGGGAAGAUAGCACCGGUGGAGCACAGAUGGAAUCAACAUGGGCUCGGCGGUGAUAACUUCCGGGGGCUUUGCCGAAAUUUGCAUCCCGGUUCAGUGAGUCUGUUGCAUUGGAGUGGGAAAGGGAAGCCGUGGGCUAGACUUGAAGCUAACAGGCCAUGCCCUUUGGACGCGCUCUGGGCUCCUUAUGAUCUUUUGGAAACACCAUUUGUGUUGGACUCUUGAUUUCGAUCAGAGAAUCGGAAAUGGAUCGAAGAUGAAAUGUUUGUGCAGAUUGAAGCCGGAAUAGUUCGUUUUGGGAGUGUGAUCUGUCACAUUAUUACGUCGAUCGGUCUCCGAUAUAUUUGAUUGAAGGUGGAUCAUGGAAGAAGAACUCAAUCAACUCAUCAAGGAAGAAUGGAAUAUCAUUAUUCAUUUUCAAUGUUGUUUAUAGAUUAUAGAGGUACAAACUCAUAUCAAACCAUAUUAUAACUUGUGUCAAACGAAACAAGAAAAUUAGUCCACAAAAAAGAAGAAGCAAUAAGUGGACUAACUAAUUCACGAUCUUCUGCUACCGUCGUGUUGGGUAUUAUACUUGUAAUCAAUUGUAUCAUAUAGUCUGUAAUCGAUCGAUCCCCUGUAUAGAGAUAUGAGCUAUUUUUGGCUGGCUUGACGUUUUCUUGGUAAAUA